UCUGAUGCUACAUCUGCAUGUAGACAUAGGUUAUAAUUUUACCGCCGAGAUUUGUCUGCAAAACGCAUUUGUCAUAAGUACUUGUAAAUUGGCGUAUAAAAUACUAAAUAUACGAUCAUAGUAAUCUCUCGCAAAUUAUCAUGCUGUUUUAUUCCUUCUUCAAAUCCUUAAUCGGAAAGGAUGUAGUGGUCGAAUUGAAGAAUGACCUCAGUAUCUGUGGCACAUUAUAUUCUGUCGAUCAGUAUCUAAACAUAAAAUUGGCUGAUAUUAGCGUAACAGAUUCGGAGAAGUAUCCUCACAUGUUGUCUGUAAAAAAUUGCUUUAUCCGUGGAUCUGUGGUGCGAUACGUACAACUUCCAGUAGAUGAGGUAGACAUCCAUCUCUUAACUGAAGCAGCACGGAGAGAAGCAAUGAAUGCUCAAGCAAGAUAG